CUGUUCAAACAAAAUGGCACAUACAUUCCUCUCUCUACUUGUGCUCCUUCUGACUACAUUCACCUUAAACCCGACGGUCAAGUGUGCUUCUCGAGUUCGGGCAUAUGUCGAGCAGCAAUGUCGUCCAACGCUAUACACUAACCUAUGCAUACGAACCCUUCUACCCUUUGUUAGCAAAUCAAAUGCACCAGACCCCGAACAACUAACCAGGAUUUCGCUAACCACAUGCCUAAUCAAAGCUCGACUCACAAAGGCGUAUGUGAAUACAGUCGCGCAAGAAUUCAAUAAAACAAAGAAUGCGCGAUACUAUGAAGCCGUGACAGAUUGCUUAUCUCAAAUAAAUGAUGGGGUAAACCAAAUAACUCAAUCCCUUAAGGAGCAAAAAAGAAUGGCGCAUGAUGCGGAGAAGUAUUUUUCGUGGCACCAAAGUAAUGUGCAAACAUGGGUUAGCACCGCGUUAACGGAUGUGACAACGUGCCUUGAUAGGAUAUCGGAUAAGGCCAUAGGGGGCAAGGAGAAGGGGAGAAUUAAGGCGCGCGUAUUGAAUGUUAAACACCUUGCGAGCAACGCACUUGCGUUGUUUAAUAGGUUUGCAUCAAGACACCGUGGAUCUCGUAGGGUCAAGACUCCAUGAACUCUUGUAGUUUGAAGUCUUGUAAUGUUUAUUAUCGGUUGAUGUUUUUUCUUGUUGACACUUUGUGUUUUUUUGAUGAUAUGAAUUUUGAAUUUCAGAUC